CGUAGAGAUGUCACAACCCGGUUGCCAUAUUUGUUAGCCAACUUAUUAGUCCACUCUUCAUCUCUGUUUCAGCGUUUACAAACAUCACCCCCCCAGAACUAGAAUUAUUUACCCCAAGAACACCAGAAAUACCCUUCAGAUCGAUUCAAACACACCAGCUUUCUUCUGGUGGAGAAGAACAGGAGAGACACUCCGAGCUUGGGUACUAAAAGGGAUCUCCUCUGGGCCAGGUAUCAGCCAUGAACCCUGAAUACGACUACCUGUUCAAACUGCUGCUGAUUGGAGACUCUGGAGUCGGGAAGUCCUGCCUUCUUCUCCGAUUUGCAGACGACACGUAUACAGAAAGCUACAUCAGCACGAUCGGCGUUGACUUCAAGAUCCGAACAAUCGAGCUGGACGGCAAGACCAUCAAACUACAGAUCUGGGACACGGCGGGUCAGGAGAGGUUUCGCACCAUCACCUCCAGCUACUACAGAGGAGCUCACGGCAUCAUCGUUGUCUACGAUGUCACAGAUCAAGAGUCGUUCAACAACGUGAAGCAGUGGCUGCAGGAGAUCGACCGCUACGCCAGCGAGAACGUCAACAAACUGCUGGUGGGCAACAAGUGUGACCUGACCACCAAGAAAGUAGUGGACUACACGACAGCCAAGGAGUUUGCGGACUCCUUGGGAAUCCCGUUCCUGGAGGCGAGCGCCAAGAACGCCACCAACGUGGAGCAGGCCUUCAUGACCAUGGCGGCAGAGAUCAAGAAGAAGAUGGGACCCGGUGCCGGUGCGGGCGGAGCCGAGAAAUCCAACGUGAAGUUCAACAGCCAGCCGGUGAAGGCGUCCGGCGGAGGCUGCUGCUGAGUCCGGACCUUCGCCCCGGCACACGGCAAGCGCACAAAGCUAGAGUGAUGUUACCUACCACCAUACGCCGGAGCAGACGCACAGUGGAGGACGGAGAGUGUGUGUGUGUGUGUGUGUGUGUGUGGUUGGGUGGGUGGGUGUGUGUGUGUCUGAGAGAGUGACUGAGUUAGCAAAUUUCAAAUCCACAUUUCCUCCAGCACCAAGCUGCACAUUUCCAAACCCAUUUUUGAUCCCUUGAGUGGCAGAAAGGUGUCCUGUAUUGAAUUUUAUCACUGGAGGAUGUCCUCGAUCAGCCAGGACAUGUUCUGGUGGAGCUUGUUAGCUGUUAGCUACAUUAGCCAGCGUCUCCUGUGUAAACCUAAAGAAGUAAACAGCAAACAUCAGACACCGAACAUGUCUUACCUGAUGCCUUUAUUUUCUCCUCUCUCACAGCCGGGCAAAAGAAGUGAAGUUCCUCACGGUGUAGAUGUUUCAUCUCCUCUCUCGCUGAGAUUUAUUUAUGUUCUGUCCUUUUAACACACCUUUUAGUGAUCAUACGGUGCGUUAAAUGAUGUAGAGUGCAUUAUGGGUAUUCUGUACCCUGUAGAGUAAAUCAGACACUAAUCAGAGCGGUGCAUUAUGGGAUCUCCUCACUAUCCAGACCAUGUCAGAUUUUCUCUGGUUACUGACAGCCAAUCAGAGCAAACCUAGGGGGCAGAAACAGCUGCGAUUGGUUAACAGGCCGGACGACGUAAGGGUUAUUUUAAUCAAGUCACAUGAGGACAAUUUCCUUUUAUGUGACGAAUCUGGAAAGUAAACUGACUUUGUAAUGUUUUUUCCGAAUACUUGAGCUUUAGCAAAGAAAAUUAAUGCUAUAUAAAAAAAAAAAUCACCUCAAGUUAGAUAUCACCACUUAAUUCAUUAACUAGUUAGCAAGACCGCUAGUUAGCCGAACGCCAACUGGUUAGGAAAACGUUACAAAAUGUGUGUGAGGAGCCGAUUUGCACUUUUAGCUUGUAAUGAGACGUCAGGAGUGUGUUUUUAAAGUUAUACUAAAGACAGCGUGAAGACAUGACACUAUUCUAUAAAGUUAGGGUUGGGAGAAUCAGCUGGACGUCGUGUAUCGACACGUUUUAUUCACACAUCUGUAACGUUAAAACCAGACCUAGCCUCGCUCGAGGUUCUGCUGCUGUCUUCUGAGGACAAAAACAUGACACACGAGUUAAAUCCCACACUUACACCACACUUACUGUAAACAAAGGUGUUUAUUUUCCGUAAAGAUCCAUAAAGCGAAGGUUACUUUUUAAACCCCCUUUUUACCUCCACUUUUGUCUACAUGAUUGAUGGGAAUUCUGCACUGUUCGCUAAUUAACAGGGUUUUUUGUCCACUCACUCGCUCCGUAUGAGCUCCAGGCCUCCAGAUGAACUGUAUAUAUAUAAUAUAGUAUUUAUGUACAUCUAUGGGAAUGUAAGAACUGAUUUUCACAUACUGUGGAGAGCGAAAUGAAGAAACGUGAGGAUGUGUGGGCGUGUCAAAACAUCACGUCUUUAUUAGAUACGGUUGGGGGGGGGGGGUUGUGGUGAAGUUCAUUUUUUUUUCCCCCCGUUUGUUGUUGAAUAAUGUUUUCGAUAAAAUAUGGAAUUCUGGAAAUGUUUAAUAAAAGGGUUUUAUCUGAACCUGUAUGUUUCUCUGUGUUGUUUGUUUUAAUGUUAUUAAGCCUAUAAAAUUCGAGCUGU